AUGUCCCACGAAGAAGAUAUCAGUGCCAAAGAUACAAACAACUAUUCCUCCAGCAAUGACGACUAUGAAACAGGCCACUUUGGCCCCCUAGCCCACGUCAACACAGCCUCGAGCCGUUACCCUGCCUUCGGAGGUGAUCUCCAGCCAGGUCUAUACCGCAUCCCCAAAGACCGCAAGCUCGCCAAUCCGGCACCACUAGGCCUGUGCGCAUUCGCACUCACCACCUUUGUGCUGGGAUGUCUCAAUAUGAACGUCAGGGGCAUUACUGCGCCUAAUAUCAUCGUUGGGCCUGCAUUGAUUUAUGGCGGCUUUGUGCAGCUUUUGGCUGGCAUGUGGGAAAUGGCGAUUGGCAAUACCUUUGGUGCCACUGUGCUCUCAUCUUACGGUGCUUUCUGGAUGUCGCUUGCUAUUACUUUUAUCCCCGGUGGAUUUGAUAUCAUAGGGGCCCUUGAAGAAGCGGAUAAUGGGUCUCCCGCUAUGUUUUACAAUUCGUUUGCAUUGUAUCUCUUCGGCUGGUUCAUCUUCACAACAAUGAUCACUAUGCUCACUCUCAAAUCCACCUUGGCAUUCUUCUCCCUCUUUUUCUUCGUCGACAUCGCCAUUCUCUUGCUCUCCCUCGGGUACCUUUUCAAUGUGGAUGGUGCGCCAAAUGAGAAAUUGAUAAAGGCGGGUGGGCUCUUUGCUCUGCUUGGUGCUUUCUUAGCUUGGUAUAAUGCCUUUGCUGGUAUUGCUGAUAACAGUAACAGCUUCAUUCUGCCUCCUGUUAUUCACUUCCCCUGGUCUGAGAAGAAACGUAUCGCUAGGCGGAAUUCUGCUGGACAGAGUGAGGUUUAA